AUGAGGGUCACUUAUCCAUGCCAGGCACGGAGGCACCACCAGGGCCCUCUAAGGGUCCACGGUGCCCCCAGGGACCCUCCCAGGAGGAGCGGGGGCCCACAGGGACCCUCCCAGGGUAGUGGGGGCCCCAGGGACCCUCCCAAAGGCGGCAGUGGCACCAGGGACCCUCCCAAAGGAGGCAAGAGCCCCAGGGACCCUGAGGUGGCGGAGCUCCCAGGGGUAGCAGGGGCCCCAGCGACCCUCCCAGGGGUAGCAGGGGCCCCAGCGAUCCUCCCAGGGGUAGCAGGGGCCCCAGCAACCCUCCCAGGGGAAACAGGGGCCCCAGCGACCCUGAGGUGGCAGAGCUCCCAGGGGUAG